AUGUAAAAAGUCGGCAUUUGUAUUAGUUUAUUUUACCUAUUAAAAUACUGAAAUUUAAAGUUUAAAAAAUAUAUAUUUACACACCCAAUUAAGGCAAACAAAUAAAAUGGCAGCGCAAUUAGCACAAGUGAAACAAUGGUUUGACCAAUAUAAAACAACGGUCGACAAAUCUCUCCAUGAUCCCGCCAAGCCAUGGACAAAAGGACUUGAUUUACUCGAACAAAAAUCAGGAUUUUCCAGAGUCAAUAUUUUCUUUGGUGCUUCUUUGUUAUGCGCCUUGUACCUGAUAUUUGGUUACGGCGCUCAACUCCUGUGCAACAUUAUUGGUGUACUAUAUCCUGCAUAUAUCUCAAUCCAUGCAAUUGAAUCGAGCACCAAGCAGGAUGAUACCAAAUGGCUGACCUACUGGGUAACAUUUGGCAUAUUUACGGUCAUUGAGUUCUUUUCUGGGGUUCUGACCCACAUCAUACCUUUCUAUUGGCUGUUGAAAUGUGCUUUCCUUAUUUGGUGCAUGCUACCAAUGGAACAGAAUGGCUCCGUUAUUAUCUAUAACAAACUGGUGCGACCAUACUUCCUGAAACAUCAUCAAUCUGUUGACAAGAUCAUUGAUGAUGGCAUGAAGAAGGCAUCCAGCGUGCUAAAGUCAGAUUAGACCGCAAUUGAAUAGCCCACUACUUCCGUCACAAGCAUUUGGGUAUCCCCAGAGGAAUCACUAUUUGGAAACUUUGCUAAUUUUUAAUUACACACACAUAUAUGAUGCGUUUGUUAGCCACAAAGAAAAAAAUCUCCGCUUGUUGUACAAUUAAAA